AUGCCCCAUCUGCUCAUUUAUAUAGCUCAGUCAGGGCUCGAGCGAGGCCGGCAUGCUCGUCAGGUCAAGCAGUGCCGCCCUGGUAGUGGUAGCUCACCUAUAACAAAUCUGCAGCAGCCUGCCUGCGUCGUUGCACAGUGCAAAUUUACUCUGCUGCCUGCAGCCUCCCUCCUCCUCCUCCUUCUUCAUCAUCAUCUACUUCUUCUCCCGCUAGUCGCGAUGCGCGCGGAGGUGCUGCUACUCGCCGCGCUCGUCGCGGCCGCGGCUCUCCUGUCGUCGCUCGACUCGCGCAGCGACGUGCGGCUGCUGGAGGUAGGGGACGGCGACCUCGAGCUGGUCCCGCUCGACGGCGCCGCGGGGCCGGAGAGCAUCAUCUUCGACAAGAGCGGCGAGGGGCCGUUCACGGGCGUGUCGGACGGGAGAGUCCUCAGGUGGAAGCCGGAGGAGCGGCGGUGGGAGGAGCACUCCUGCUCGGCGCCGGAGCUGCUGGACAGCUGCCGAAGCUCGCAGGACCCGGGCCGGGAGCACGAGUGUGGGCGUCCACUGGGCCUCAAGUUCAACAGCGAGACGGGGGAGCUGUACGUCGCGGACGCCUACCGUGGGCUCAGAGUGGUUGGGCCGGAGGAUAACGUGUCCAGGCCGCUGGUCCCUCCGGAGUGGCAAGGGAGCCGCCCGUUCAGCUUCGCCAACGGCGUCGAGAUCGACUACGAAACCGGAGCCAUCUACUUCACCGAGACCAGCGCAAGGUUUCGGAGAAGGGAGUUUUUGAACAUUGUUAUAUCCGGUGACAAUACCGGUAGAUUGUUGAAAUAUGACCCAAAGAGCACCGGAGUGGAAGUCUUGGUUGAUGGUCUAGCUUUUGCCAAUGGCUUGGCUAUGAGUAGGGAUGGCACUUACUUGCUCCUUGCAGAAACCACAACGGGUAAAAUCCUAAGGUAUUGGAUCAAGACACCAAAAGCUUCAACACUAGAAGAAGUUGUUCAGCUAUCUUGGUUUCCGGAUAACAUCAAGAUGAGCCCUAGAGGAGGGUUCUGGGUUGGUCUCCAUGCGAAGAGAGGGAAGAUCGCCGAGUGGUCAAUUUCUUACCCUUGGCUAAGGUGGCUGAUACUGAAGUUGCCGAUGCGGCAUGUGCAACGUGCCUCCUGGCUCUUGAAUCGGCUUGGGCGUCAGGUUAUAGCGCUAAGGUUGAACGAGGAAGGUAAAACAAUAGAGGCAAUUAGUGUUCACGGUGCUCUUCAAAAGGUUUUCAGAUCGGUCAGUGAGGUUGAAGAAAGAGACGGAAGCCUAUGGAUAGGGUCUGUCAUGUCACCUUUUCUUGGAGUAUACCGCUUGUAGAAAGCAUUUAUACGAUAAAACUAAACAUGCAUUGAGCAUGUGUAAUCAUUCAUAAAGGAAAAUAUUGCUAUAUAUAAGUGUAUAUAAUAAGAUUUCUCCAUGCUCAAGUUCAUUCAGAAUUA